AGCAAGCGCACUCUCUAUUGUACCAAAAGGCAGCAUAGCAUAGCAUAGCAGGCGUCAUGUCUUUUCUCGGUGGUCCAGAAUGCAGUACCGGUGCAAACCCGCUGGCCCAGUUCCAGAAGCAAACAUCCGCCGAUACAUCACUCCAGCGAGAUCGCCUUGCAUCGCGACAACCACAGCAAUUAAAUGGCUUUCGUAGCGCGCCACAACUCCCAGAAGAUGCAGCCUUUCAAGAUUUUGCUCAGCAAGGGCCGCGAAUGGGCGAGAUGCUGCCAAAUGACCCUUUCCACAUGGAGCAGAUGCGACGCGAAGCAGAGCACCUUGAGCGUGUAGGUGGAGGCGGCGGCGGCGGCGGCGCUGGCGCUGGCAACGGAUGGGCAAGCGAGUUCGCUCAGAAAGGGCCUCAUUUUGCGCCAGAAGAAUUCCUUCAGCAGCAGAGAAAUGCCGCUUUCAGCCCAGCAGACUUCCAACAAUUCCGACAAUCGCACAUGACUCCCACGGCCCGAACGGCAAGCCCGACGAACUCCUACCAGUCUGCAUACAGACAGCCUAUGUAUGGCAACUCCUUUGGCAUGCAGAGACCGAUGAUAUUCAAUCAGCCGCAAAUGUGGAACCAGCAGCCUCAGCAGCAGUACGAAGGCAAGGGCAAAGGACGUGUGCAAGAGCUGAGCGAUACCGACUGGGAAAAGCAGUUUGAAGAGUUGUCUACUGCAGAAAAGGAGGCAGAUCUUGAUCAGCUAGACAGGGAAGCCAACGAGGCUAUGGAGAGAGAAUUGAACCAGGUCGACCGGGACAUGCUCGCCGAUGAACAACUUGCAAAUCACUUCGGUGACGAGUACGAUCAGUGGAAGGACUUUGAUGGUUUGAAUCACAACUUUGAUCCUUUUAGGGGCGAGUUUGGUGACUAUGCCACAGCUCCCGAGUCCGGCACGUACAUGUUCGAAGAGAACAAUGUCUUCAAAGAGCACCCGAACGCAUACCAGGAAGGGAUGAAGAUCAUGCGCGAAGGUGGCAAUCUCAGUCUGGCGGCCUUGGCGUUUGAGGCUGCAGUGCAAAAAGAUCAGAGCUUUGUAGAUGCAUGGGUCGCGCUGGGUCAAGCGCAAGCUCAAAACGAGAAGGAGUCGCCAGCUAUUAGAGCUUUAGAACAAGCCAUCAAGCUGGACCCGAGCAAUCAGGAAGCAUUGAUGGGUCUUGCUGUAUCAUACACGAACGAAGGCUAUGACAGCCUUGCUUAUAGGACCCUCGAGCGAUGGGUAGCAGCGAAGUACCCUCAGCUUGGCGUCACUCCCAGAGGCCUGGGAGAGGAGGAGGAGCUUGGGUUUACUGAUAGGCACUUGCUGCACGAGAAGGUCACAAAUUACUUUCUGGAGGCCGCUCAGCUUAAUCCUGAAGGUGCAGAGGUUGAUGUUGAUGUACAAGUCGGUCUUGGUGUGCUCUUCUACGGCAGUGAGGACUACGACAAAGCGGUGGACUGCUUCACAGCUGCUCUUAACAGCCACCAGCAUGGAUCAAUGAAACGAGAAGGCGAAGAACAUCUGCUCUGGAACCGACUUGGAGCAACCCUCGCGAACAGCAACCGAUCAGAGGAAGCCAUCGAAGCAUACUCACGAGCUCUCGAGCUGCGACCUAAUUUCGUGCGCGCACGUUACAACCUCGGCGUAUCUUGCAUUAACCUUGGAGUACUAGAGGAAGCCGCUUCUCACCUAUUGGGUGCGCUUUCGAUGCACAGAGUUCUAGAGCAGGAAGGUCGGGCGAAAGCCGCUGAGCUGAUGAAAGACGGGCAUGGCAAUGAUAUUGAUGAGCGGGAUGUAGAUGCGGUGCUUCAGCAGAACCAAAGCACGAAUCUUUAUGACACAUUGAGAAGGGUAUUUACGCAGAUGCAGAGGCGAGACCUUUCGGCCAUGGUUGGACCGGAUAUGGAUCUGGAUCGAUUGCGAGGAGAGUUUGACUUUUGAAGAGCAUUUGUUGGGUAAGACGGCAUCCAUAGUAGACCAGGAUUCAUCUCGAUGGCAAUCCAUAGGUAUCAAUUUAUGGUGGGAAUGUCCUCACGAG